CUGGGUCCCCAGACAGCUGGAGGAGAUAAACAGAGGAGGUGGAGGGAGGGGAGUGCGUGUGUGAGAGCGCGCGAGGAAGUGUGAGUGUGUGUGAGCGCGGGUGUGAGGCGGUGCGCAGGGGCGGGCAGAGGCGCUGUCCGGCCCCGGCCAGGCGCCGGGCGGAGAGCAUGGGAAGGGGCUAGAGCUGUCCGGGCCCCCCAGCCCCCUCCCCGGGAUCCGCGCCCCGACUCCCGGGAGAGGGGCCGGGCCCCCGGACGGACAUGGGCUCCUGAAGUUGCGACGCUAUCGGUCUAGGGAAGAGGCCUGACAGGUAAUUAAAUGUGUGUCUUGUGGACCUGGGCUUGGCUGGAAUGCACAAAGGUCCUGAAGAUCCUUCUGUAGCCCCCUUCUGUUGAACUCAUUAAGAGAAGAUGGCAAAAGUCAACAUAACUAGAGACAUCAUCCAUAGGCAGAUCAAGGAGAGGGGUGCUCUGAGCUUCGAGCGGCGCUACCAUGUCACUGACCCCUUUAUCCGGCGGCUGGGCCUGGAAGCAGAGCUGCAGGGCCACUCAGGAUGUGUGAACUGUCUGGAAUGGAAUGAGAAAGGAGACUUGUUGGCUUCUGGUUCCGAUGACCAGCACACAAUUGUGUGGGACCCGCUGCACCACAAGAAGCUGCUCUCCAUGCACACAGGACACACUGCAAAUAUCUUCUCUGUCAAGUUCCUGCCUCACGCUGGGGACCGCAUCUUGAUCACGGGGGCAGCUGACUCCAAGGUGCAUGUCCAUGACCUGACAGUAAAAGAGACGAUUCACAUGUUUGGAGACCACACAAACCGGGUGAAACGCAUCGCCACGGCGCCAAUGUGGCCUAACACAUUCUGGAGUGCCGCUGAAGAUGGGCUUAUCCGCCAGUAUGACCUGCGGGAAAACAGCAAACACUCGGAGGUGCUGAUUGACCUGACAGAAUACUGUGGCCAGCUGGUGGAGGCCAAAUGCCUCACUGUCAACCCCCAGGACAACAAUUGCCUGGCAGUAGGGGCCAGUGGGCCCUUCGUGAGGCUCUAUGACAUUCGCAUGAUCCAUAACCACAGAAAGAGCAUGAAGCAGAGCCCUUCAGCAGGUGUGCACACCUUCUGUGACCGGCAGAAGCCCCUCCCGGAUGGUGCAGCCCAGUAUUACGUAGCAGGUCACCUGCCAGUGAAGCUACCUGACUACAACAACCGGCUGAGAGUGCUGGUCGCCACCUACGUGACGUUCAGCCCCAAUGGCACAGAGCUGCUGGUCAACAUGGGAGGGGAGCAGGUCUAUUUGUUUGACCUGACGUAUAAGCAGCGGCCGUACACUUUCCUCUUGCCUAGAAAAUGCCACUCGUCAGGGGAAGUCCAGAAUGGCAAAAUGUCCACCAAUGGUGUGUCCAAUGGAGUGUCCAACGGCCUGCACCUUCACAGCAAUGGCUUCCGGCUUCCAGAAAAUAGAGGACAUAUCAGCCCCCAGGUAGAGCUGCCUCCAUACCUGGAGCGUGUGAAACAGCAAGCCAAUGAGGCUUUUGCUUGUCAGCAGUGGACCCAGGCAAUUCAGCUUUACAGCAAGGCUGUGCAGAGGGCCCCUCACAAUGCCAUGCUCUACGGGAACCGAGCUGCUGCCUACAUGAAGCGCAAGUGGGAUGGUGACCACUACGAUGCUCUGAGGGACUGCCUUAAGGCCAUCUCCCUAAACCCGUGCCAUCUGAAGGCACAUUUCCGCCUGGCCCGCUGCCUGUUUGAGCUCAAGUAUGUGGCUGAGGCCCUGGAGUGCCUGGACGACUUCAAAGGGAAGUUCCCGGAGCAGGCCCACAGCAGUGCUUGUGAUGCACUGGGCCGCGACAUCACGGCUGCCCUCUUCUCCAAAAAUGAUGGUGAAGAGAAGAAGGGAACUGGUGGUGGCGGCCCAGUCCGCCUCCGCAGCACAAGCCGCAAGGACUCCAUCUCAGAGGAUGAGAUGGUGCUGCGGGAGCGAAGCUACGACUAUCAGUUCCGCUACUGUGGCCACUGCAACACCACCACGGAUAUCAAGGAGGCCAAUUUCUUUGGCAGCAACGCUCAGUACAUCAUCAGUGGCUCUGACGAUGGCUCCUUCUUCAUCUGGGAAAAGGAGACCACCAACCUGGUUCGCGUGCUUCAGGGAGAUGAAUCCAUCGUCAACUGCCUGCAACCGCACCCCAGCUACUGCUUCCUGGCCACCAGCGGCAUUGACCCUGUCGUGCGGCUCUGGAAUCCCCGGCCAGAGAGUGAAGACCUCACAGGCCGAGUUGUGGAGGACAUGGAGGGUGCUUCUCAGGCCAACCAGCGGCGCAUGAAUGCGGACCCGCUGGAGGUGAUGCUGCUCAACAUGGGCUACCGGAUCACAGGCCUGAGCAGUGGGGGUGCUGGGGCCUCCGAUGAUGAGGACAGCUCCGAGGGCCAGGUGCAGUGCCGGCCCAGCUAGACCCUCCUAGCCCUGGUCCUCAGCCCCUGCUACUGGCUGGACCCUGCGCCCUGGGCAGGAGGUCAGGGUGUUCUGUUUUAGUUUGUCUUCCCCGCUCCACCCUGUUUUUUCAUUUCCCCUGUUUUGAUUGUUAGUUUGGCAUUGGGGGUGGGGGUUACUACAACUUGCUGGCUUUCAGACUCGGGGGGCUGAUUGCCCCUUGACUGUCCCCAGCCCAGAGUGGAAGAGCAGGAGGGGAAGCCCCACCCUGUGGUCCCCCCACCUCCUGCUUCCAUGUCUCUGGAGGGCUCUGACCUGUCUCAAAACCCCCUCUGCCUCAGCUGGGGAGGCUGAAGCUGUCUGCAGGGACUGCCCUGCCCUUGGGUUGGCAGCAGGAAGGGGAGUGGAAUUCCCGGUUGGUAAGGGCUAGCCUUGACGUGUUGCCACUCUUCUCCCCACCUGGCCAGCAAGGCUAGCUCCCCUGUGGUCUUCAGGGAAGAUUCUGAAAAGGGAUAGGGACCCACCCUCCCUCCAGAGCCACCAGUGUAGGAUGGAAGCAGAAGGGAGGAGGGGAGCCCUGGUGUGGGCCAGGAUAGGCCACCUGCCCUGGUCCCAGCAGAGCAUCCUCAAGGUCCCCCCACCUGCACCCCAGCACUGGCUCUGGGCCCUGCGCCUGCUCUCACUGGCCACCUCUGGGGCUCAGCCUUUCCCGAGGGCCCUGGCAGCGGUGGGGCACUGCACCAUAUGCCACCCACCCAUGCCAGCCCUUCCACACUACGGCCACUCUCCUCCUGGGCGCUCGUCGGCCUCACUGUGACCUUUCUGCCAGAGCUCCCAGCCAGGCCUACUCUUGCUGAGAUGGCGCUCCCUGCUAAGGGCCCUUCCCUGCUCUUUCUGCCUCCCUCC